AUGUUACAAGCUCACAACGGACAGGAGAGUGUUAACGUAACAUGUCCCCGUUAUUGUCGGGAAGACCUGUCCGACCUAAGUUCAUAUGAGUCUACCUCGGUGGACGCAGCUCAGUCUCUGCUGACAGGAAUGACGAUGACCAGAAUGCAACCAAUACUGUUUUCAACAACUACCUUCGGUAUGAUGAAUGUAUUCCUACUGCUUUCAGUCCUCUUGUCAGAAGAAAUGGAUGUCGUGAGUGCAAAUAGUAUGCAUUUGAUUGAUCCUGAAUACUGCGAGUCUUCAAAACAGACAAGAAAUGUAGUGGAAUCUUGUCCAACAGAUGAAAAAUCAUGGAUGGAAGCUGCAGAAAAUAAGAAAUGCGAAUAUACACAGGGUUGCUUACACACGAUGGAAUAUCACUGUCUUAUAAACCCCUGGGGUAAUUUGACUGUAGAAGUAUGUACACCUGUAGCUAAAAUUCUUCCAGGUUACUGUGCUGAAUACAAUGACGUCGGAGGAAAAGUACAAGAACAUUACAUGCAGAAUUGUGAAGAAUGCACUAACAUGUACAUGUCGAAUAAAGCUUAUAAAUAUCUUUCAAGGAAAAGAGCAGAGGCAAAGGCAGCCAAGGCGAAAAUUCAGUAUGCGAUAAUGGAAUUAGAACUACGAAAGAAGCAAGCAGAGAUAGAAGCAGAGCUCGAGGUGCUGAACCUGCAGAGAGAGGCAGAAGAGGCAGAGGCGGAAU